CCAAUGGUUGAUAAUGAGUAUGGUACCAGGAACAACGUCAUCGAUGUGAAAGAAUCCGACUUCAACUUUCUGAAUGCCCUUGAGCAGGACAUGGCCAAUAGCAAGCACAAACCUGACUCGACCGGAGCAAGUUCCGAUACUGAGAGUUGGACACCACCAAGUGACUACGGCUGCUACAUACCCGAGACCCCCAUGGACGUCUACGCCCAUCGCGACGCUAACAGUGCUUUCUCUGCUCUUCCUCGUAAACUGCCCCAUGCCCCUCCUGCUCCGGGAGUUGGGUCUAUCACACAACCCCCACUCCUCCCGCCCCAACUCCUCCAGGGUAUUCUGAACAAAGACGUUGGAGUGCACUGUGACCCCAACCUUCUGCCUCCCCCAAAUCACGUCAUGGUCAAUCAUCUCUACGCUCUCUCCAUUAAGGACGGAGUUAUUGUCCUAAGUGUGAUUACACGCUACCGGCAAAAAUUCGUCUCUACACUUUUCUACAAACCUAUACCCAACUGA